AUGGCACGACCAUCCGAGUUCGCUGGUUUCAAUUCCGACAUCACGCCUCAGUACGAUGAUGGUACUGCCUACUACGUGGUGGAUAUCCCCAAGGGUAGCCCCAAGGUUGCCGCUCAGCCUGGCAGCAAUCAUGCUUUGCCUUAUCCUGCUACCUAUGGGCACAAGCAUCAGUUCGAGCACCAGGUUGGAAUCUACUAGGUGGAUGGUGUCAUUGUUAGUUUCUGUUCGUCGCGGUCUAUAAAUUGAACAAGUACC